CACGUUUCUGUCAAGGGAACCGCGAUACAACAAUAUGCCGAAUAACGUCGAGACCAAGGGAUACACGUACAGCCAACUCGGCGACAGCCAUGACGAGUCCAGUUCGUCCCACGGGCUGGUUCCAAGCAGCACGCAAAGACGGAACUUCCAUUAUCUAUGGACCGUAUUGACGGUCAUCAACACGCUCGUUCUCGGGACCAAUCUCAUGCUACUAUGGCAAAGGCACAGCAUCUCCAAUCCACAGCAGCAAGUGGAAGAGCCAUUGGCCCCCUUCAUGUCGAGUAUCGAUCGGACGCUACACAAGAAGACAUUCAAUGCUUUCGAAUAUAAUGUCACCAAAUACACGGCGAGAACUUCGGAUGUAGGCGAUGAAGUGGAGAAGAAUUGGGUCGAUUUGGGCAUCUAUGGAGCACCGAUCGUGAUUCCCAUGGACGAAGUCGAGUACUUCGACAUCUCAUCCGACCAUGUUCGGCUCGAUCCCCAAACAAACCCCACGGCACCGUACGCGGGCGUCAGCGGCAAAAUCCAAGCGCAGCAUUAUCUCCACUGCGUCAAUCUUCUUCGACAAGGUCUCUGGUACAACAGAGACUACUACCGCGCGCAACGACAUCCCUCGUGGAACGAGGCGCAAGAUGUGCUCUAUGGAGAGUACACGCUGUCGGAAAUUCACACGGCGCAUUGCAUCGACCAGCUGCGACAGCUGAUUAUGUGCGAAGCGGAUAUGAGUGUUGUGCCCUUUCUCGAAGGCAAAGAGGGUAUGUCGUUCUUGGACUUUGAGCGUCCCAAGCAGUGUAGGAGUUGGCAGUCGUUUUUGAAGUGGCAUCGGGAACGGGCGUGGGAGGGUGGCAGAAUUAGUGAGGAGAGAAAUAUCCCCGGGCAUGAGAUUCCUUUCUUUAGUUGGUCGGGUCAUUGAGGUGGUGACAAUUACAACAACG